UGUAUUUUUAUUAUUUUUUGGGGUUGAAAAAAGCUAAAGGCAUAAUUAUCCAUUUAUUAUUUAUAAUUGAUUGAUAGGCGGGUGGCUUUAAAGCUUAGGCUUCAUACAUAAGGCACACAACUUUCCCUCCAACACUCAAAUACCUCAGAAGGCUCAAACCAAACCCCGCUCAAAACCGAACACUGAAACUGGUUUGAUUGUUGUUUUGUGAGGUUUUGCAAUUUGAUUUGUUGUUCCUCUACUUUCCAUGGCUAUCAAAACCUCUCUCUCUUUCCCUCCUUCUGGUUCUCGUUGUCGUUGUCGUUGUCGUCGUUGUUCACCUUCUCCUCCUAUUUCUUCUAUUUGGAGGCCUCGGCUUAAUAAAUACCCUCCCCACUUUUUCACUCUUCCUUCCACCGCCUCCGGUAUUCCUCAACAAUCUGUCUCUCUGUUUCCUCAGCUUGAUUUGAAUCAAGCAAAUGAAAUAUAUGAGAAUGGGGCCCAAUUCGGCGGGCAGAGCAAAGAAAUUAAUAAUCCUGUUCUUGAACCAGAACCCUGUGGAAGUAUAAUGUACAAUGCUAAAUUAAAAAUUCCAAAAUCUACCAAAUCUGAGAUUCAAGGAUCGACUGGCGACUCUCUUAAGGGCCUCAAUCAAGGUGUUAGUGGCCGGUAUGACAGUUCUUUAGGCUUGUUAACCAAGAAAUUUAUCAGCUUGAUUCAGGAGGCUGAGGAUGGAACCCUGGAUCUGAACCAUUCUGCAAAUGUGUUAGGGGUUCAGAAAAGGAGGAUAUAUGAUAUUACAAAUGUUCUUGAAGGAAUACGAUUGAUAGAGAAGACUUCCAAGAGCCAUAUACGUUGGAAGAGAUCUGAAGCGUCUGGUCUUCAGAGGGUGGACGACCGAGGUGCUAUACAAGAAUUGCAGGCUGAAGUUGAAGGUCUAUAUGCUGAAGAAUAUAGAAUGGAUGAAACUAUAAAGGAAAAGCAAGAUCUUAUAAGGGCUCUGGCGGAAGAUGAAAACUUCAAAAAGAAGUUAUAUCUGACGGCGGAAGACAUUUUGACUCUCCCAUGCUUCCAGGAUGAAACAGUUAUUGCAAUAAAAGCUCCUCGUACUAGUUAUAUCGAAGUUCCUGGUCCUGACCAGGAUAAUGAAUCUUCCGGGGAAUAUAAAAUGAUUGUCCGAAGUCACAUGGGACCGAUUGAUUUGUACCUCCUGAGCUGUGUUUUUUGCUUUAGCUGCAUGGAUAUUCACAUGGUUCCCAUCCUCUUUAACUUUUCCAUACUUGUCACUUUUGUUUUCAAAUUUUGUCAGUUUGAUGGCCUUGGGAUGAUCAUGGAACCUUUAUCCUAAUUUUGUCUAUUUUAUGCUUUUCCAUGCAUGUAUACAUUUUUGUAACAUCUAUACUCUUGAUCAUUUGUAGGAAAUACCACUCGUCAGAACAACAGGGUGAUCAAAAUUUCUCUCUUGGGAGUCUCAACUCAACGGCCAUAAAGGAAUUUGGUAUUCAGAAGAUUGUUCCUCCGAACUACAAUGUUAAUGAUGAUUAUUGGUUUCGGUCAAAUCCUGAAAUCUGCAUUACAGAUCUGUGGGGUAAAGAGUAGUUUAUCAAUCCAAUUCCUUCGAAACAUCAUUUGUCCUCAUUCCUACAUUUGUAAUUGGUAUUAGGAUAGAUUGAAGGCCUUUUGUUCAAGAAAAUUACAAUCAAAAUUUUUUAUUUAUAGUCGUAUCCUUUUUCUUUUCUUUUUUUUCCUUUUGUUUUUUUUUUUUUCUUUUUUUUGUAGAGAAUUGAAAUUUUAUUCAUUACUUCAACUUUAUAUUUUUUAUUCUUUAAAAAAGAUUUUGAACAAAAAAACCUCGACUGUAUAUCUCUUUUUUCUUCCUAAAAUCCUGCGAAUUAAUAAUAAGUUAUGGUUUCAGUUUUUUAAGGACAGUGAAACAAUAGCGUAUAUAUAUUUUUUCAAAUAGGUGGCAUUAUGUAGUCGGAUUA